UUUGAUUCCAAUUGAUCAUGUAGAAAUUUUCAAAUAUUGAAACAACCUCAAAGUAAAUUUUAAGCAGUUGAGUACAAGUGUUUCAUAAGUAGUAGGCUUAAUGAAAGGCUUGGUACAGAGCUGCGGUCUGACAAGAUGUAAUGAAAUUUACAUUGUAAAAACAUGCUCGAAACCAAUAAUAAGCGACUUACGUUGUUCCAUAAUUUAUACAAACCGUCAAUGGUUGUAAUUGACUGCUGUUCAAUUAGUUUGCUAAUAAAAGCAAUACCAAUCUUUGAUAAAUUAUUUCAGGGCCUUUUAACAUACUAACAAGGGGCAACUGCCCCUCCAAUCCUAGUGACUUUCCAUUGUUUUAAAGAACUGGCUAUAGUCCUCCUCUUUAUAUAAACAAAGCCUUGCCCCUGAAGCUAAUUUGCCUUGGAGAAGGCUAUGAAGUGUUUCAAUUGAAGACUAUUUUUUAGGAACUUGAUCCGGAAAAUUAAAGGUUUAAAGAAACAUGGAUUCAGACACAGAUGAAGAUGACUCAGGCCUUAAUCCCUUCAUUGUACCCGAUUCACAAGUAUCUGAAGAAGAAGCUAAUAAGGAGAAACUCGAGCAACCAGCCACUUCAUUGGAAUCAAAAUUUGAUUCUCAUGUGUCAGUACUAAGGGAACUUGACAUUUCAAAGCUACCAGAGACACCAUCCCACUUGCAGGGUAGUGAUGAAGAAAAGCUUGGAAAACCAAGUCCAGUUGCCAAUCUUGAACAACAGCUGUCAGAAGUAGUGCAUAAGACAAGUGGUGCUGAACAUUCUGAUUUUGACGAAGAUCUUUCAGAAGUAAUACCUAUCAAAGAUCAACCCUUGAAGACAAAAUUUUUGAAUACUUCUUGUGAAUCAGCAUCUUCUGUAGUUUCUACUGUUUCAUAUAAAUCACAGUUGUCUUCAGAAGAAAUAGCCAGUGCAAGCCUUGCUGAAGUUGUUUCUCAGAAGCAGAAAGAGCCAGAUAAAGACACAUCAACUUUCUCAAGUUCCACUGGGACAUCAGUGGAGCUAAACCGCGUGGCAUCAGAUAUGUCAGAGAUUUCAACAAACAGUUCUGAAAAUGUACCAAGUGCCAAAACUCCUCAGCCAUUCUUGGAUCUUUCAAGGAUCUCUACCAUGUACCAGACAUCAAUUAUUUCCAGCGGAGACAAGUCAACCAGCUCUACCUCUUUGCGUCCACUAACAUCGGCCAGCAGCCACUUAUCACAAGAUACCCCAAGCAUACCAUCAUCACCUGAGUUCCGCGUUCCUGGGAAGGCGCCUUUGCAUAAAGCCCACUCAUCAUCAUCAAGUGGCGAAAGCUCAUUUGAAGAAACCAAAGGACCUUCUCGUAAGAAAAUGAAGCUUGAUAUUAUCAAAGAAAAUGAUUCCCAUGGUCCCGCGUCAUCUUCCGCGUCGUUUCACGAGGAUUCUUCGCACGAGCAUGGCACACAGUCUGGGUUGUCUUCCAGAGAAGUGACACACCUCGAACCACCACACUUGAGAUCCACACCAAACGAGACGUCUUUUGAAUGCCUUCAGUUAAGUGGAGAGAUCCGAAGGCCGGUAACAUCGGUUUAUUCGUUACCAGAUCCCCUGCCGUCUUCCCCAUCGGUUUUACUGACAGAAAGUACUGAGGUAACACCGGCACAUUUUUCAGAAUUGGAGACAAGACGCGCUGGAGGAGAGGGUUCUAAGAAUAUCAAGAGAAAAGAUGGAACUGACACUAAGGCAUAUAAAAAGCCAUAUGGAUCACACAUUGCUUUGCCAAAAUGGGUUAAAGCUGACAUUGAACGCAAGAAGAUUGAAUUCGAGAGCUCCACCGACUCUGCUCACUUAUCGUCUUCGAGCUCACCAGCGACAUCCCCACCUUAUGGCAAGAUGACGUCAACUUCGACCCAGUCUUCUAUUUUCAAUCUGAGCUCUACCGCAGCCUCCUCUGAUGUUGCCAUUCAAUGUGUCCUGGACAGGAGUGCUUAUUCAGAGCCAAGUUCCUCGCAAGGUAAAGCAAUCGAAGAAUCUAGUGAAGACAAACAAGUAGACGUUAAAUCAAAUGAUCAGAGAGGAAGUCAGGAGAAUUUUGUCAAAGAACGAGUAGCUGUGACCGAAAGAGAAGAGCAGUCCAACCAAUCUUCAGACAGGAAAGCACCACUUGAUGCCAAACCAGUUUCCGAAUGCACAGGUUCCACUAAUGAGAGAAAGAUGCUCGGUAGCAGUUUAACACCGGACAAAGAUGACAUGCCCCAGUCACAAGAUUCCGACAUGGAAAUAGAAAUGUCUCAAGAUUUGUUUAAUCCACGUCUGACUGGGUCAAAUACCGGAACAAACCCUUCUACUGAGUCAGGUAAUAAAAAGCACUCUCGGCCCUUGCAAUCGCAGGAUGAAUUUCAGGAUGCCGCGGAAGAUAUACCUGAGGAGCGAGCUCAGGAUUUUAGUUUGUUUCUUAGUCAAACACAGCACGAGACAGAAGCAAAAGAAAGUAGGUUACCAGAUAUGAUCAAGCCUGAUGAGCCUGAAGAUGCUUGUGCAGGUUUCAAGAUGUCUGGUAGUCAACGAUUGGACAGCCUUAAAACCACGCCGAGUCAAUCGAUUAUCCCUUUGAAGAGCCAAGGCACGUCACAUCCAAGCAAAGAGCCUGAAAAUGAGGUUUCCAAGAAAUCUAGAGACAAUCUCAGAAUUCCUAAGGAAGUCUUUGAUAAAGUUGUUCAUGGUUCAAGUGAUUCGUCUACUCCAAACCUGUUUCAUAUGUCUUUACCUCCUGAGGGGGAGCAAUUUCAUCCAAUCAAAACACUUACGCCGCCUUUGAGGAAUGUUGAAUAUCAGGGUGGUGUGAGUCAAGAUUACCCUGAUGAAGGUGCAUCUAAUGUCGUAGCCUACGAAGAUAGCGAGCAGGCCACGUCACAGCAGAGUGCAGCAAAUUUUAAAACUAGGAAAGAUAAAGAUGCCACGGUGAGAGAAAAGACUGGGCAACAGUCUGACGUCAAGGAUGUGUUACAAUUGUCUGAGCAGAAAUCCGAGGCAUCAUCAAAUUUCGACCUAGGAGAGCAGAGUGAAACGAUAUAUGCAAAGGCAAUGAGACUUUCGAAGAAUAAAAAGAAGAGGGAUACACAUCCACAGCUACACAGUGAAUCUGACCCUUUUGCUUUUCCUGAAAGUCAAGAUGCGCCACUUAGUAAACGAAGAAAGCUUAACUCGGCUCAAGACAGACCAUCGCCAGUUUUACCUUUAUCUGGAGAACAGAACCCUGACUCACCUGCGGAGGAAAGUGAAACAUUUUGCAAAGCAGUUGUCCAUGUCACUACAGAGGAAGAGAUUGUUCGCACUGUAAAACGUAAAAUCGUCACCGAGUUUUAUUCGCUUGAAACGGGUGAGCUUCUGAAGACAAAGACGUCAGAGUUUGAGCAAACAGAAGCCCCAGAAAAGACACUGAAUGUUAGAAAAUCCACGCCAACAUACGAAAUUGUUUCAUUUAGAAGUAUUUGUCUGGAUUCCAGUGAAGAUGAUAGAAAAGGUAUGAAAACACCAACCAGAACAGACCCAUGCUCAUCCAUAAGGACCAGUCCGAGGUUCAAACGAAGAUCAAGUUCUUCAACUUCACUAGAGGGCGUGCCCGGUGUUCCCAAAGCACGCCCGACAAAGACCUCAACACCAUCAUCAUCAAAACAGAAAUCAAAGAAAGAAGAAAAUAGCAGGGCGAGAAUGAGUUCAAGUAACUCGCACAAAUCUGCAACGCCGGCUCGGGCUAUUGUGGAUUCCAUGCCGCCAGUAACAGAGAAGCAAGAAGACGCUGAUAAGUCAGAGUACGAGAAGCUGUUAGAGCUUGCAUUGGCUGAGGAGAGGGUGGAGCGGAGAGAAACAAGGAGUAGUGUUCGAGGCUCGGCUGAGAGGGAGAGUAUUGAGAAGGUUCAGGUUGGAGCUAGAGGCUUUGGAAAAUGGCUAGAUGGCUGUUAUUAUCCAGGAACGAUUGCAGAGAAAAUAAAUUCUGAUAGAUAUAAGAUCGAAUUCCAUGAUGGGAAGCAGCUGGUUCUUGCAGCAAACGCUCUUGUGCUAGUUGAUGUGUUGCCGGUCGGCCUAGCCGUGUUUGCACAAGAUAAGGAGGAAGAGUGUUACGUUGCUGGCAAAGUUUCUGUCGUGAGAAGGCAGAAAAAAGACAUUCAUUAUGAGAUCAAACUAACCCAUGAUGGUUCAUCAAAAAUUUUCAAAUCAAGUGAAUUAAUGCUUGAUACAAAACAGAUUAACAAUCUUAAGAGUCAAAUGGCCCGUGAAAAGAAAAGCAAGUCUGGAUGGAGUAAGAGCAAAGAGGAAUCUUCAAAAGCAUGUGAGGCUUCAAUUAAAAACCAAGACUUUGAUAAAGACCCUUCUGGAGGAAGUGAAAAGGUUAUUUCAACAAUCCACCAAGAAAAACAAGAAGCCAUUGAUAGGAAUAAUGCAGGAGUGAAGAUAUCAAAGAGGCUUGACAGGAAUAAUGAUAGGAUUAAAGUCAGAAAAAUUCGGAGUAGAAUAAAAAGACUAAAAGAAAAACGUGAAAAGCAACUUAAUUCGGUCAAAUCAAGCACCAGCCCGGACGAAGGAGAAUCAAGCAAGUUGCCACCAAAGAGGCAGAAAAGAGUAGACUCGCCUCGUAAGAUUUACACAGCUUUAGUGCAGCCUAGAAAGAAGACGAAGGACCCAGUUCAAAGGAAUGAGGAUCGACUGAAAAGAAUAGAACGUUUAAAACUGAAGCAAGAGGACCCAGAUUUUGUGCGAUUGUAUGGACGAUUACCAGAAGAUCCAGCUUUGUUUAAAGGAUAUUGCUUUCUCAUUACUUACGUUGCUCCAAAGCAAGGGGAUUUAGAGCCAGAUAUUGCCCUUACCUGCGAAGGUUUUCAAAGGUCUUACCUUGGCUGCCAGAUCGUCGCAGGAGGAGGGACGAUAGCAGAUUCUGUGCACCAGCUUGUCAAAGUACCAAAGGAAAAAAUCAUACUAAUUGCCCCUACUUCUCAAAAGACACUUAAGUAUUACUUUGCAUUGUCGUACGGAGUACCCUGUUUGAGCCAUUCAUGGAUCAAAGAAUGUUGUGAAAAGAGCUGCCUUGUUGCUCAGCACAGUCAUCGCCUUGAAGCUGGGAUUGAUCAGCUGACAGGAACAGUUGUUGAUCCUCACAAUCGGACACAACCACUUCGAGGCAUAAAGAUAUUUCUUCAAGUACUGAAGGAAGAUAAAGAAGAGUUAUCUUUGGCAGUGCGGUUUGCAGGAGCUGAAAUAGUCACUAAGCUGCCUAACAAGGUCUAUUGUGAGAACGAAGGUCCACCUUGCAACUAUAUUCUCGUUGGUGAUAAUGCUACUGUGAAGAGACUUGUAAAAACACGGUCAAGAAUGUUUGAUAUCAAAUGUGUGUCUAUCAAAUGGUUUUAUCAAUGUCUUAUUCUGGGAGAACAUGUUGACCCACGUGAGAACACGGUGUUCAUGGCAAGGUAACAUCCAGCCUUUGCGACACAGGAUAGGUGACAUCUUGCGACUGUAACGUAUUAUGUAAUAAUUCCAUGCUUCGUAAUCGUUGAUUGCAAGAUAAUAAACUGGAAAUAGUGGUAUACAGUGCUUAGUAAGGGAUGAAAUGAAGAUUUGUGUAACAGCAUAAAUUUAACCUCAUUAAUAGUUUAGGCUGUGUUGCACUGCUGCGAGUAUAGAAAAGUCUGAACUCUUGAAGCUUUUUUACUUCAUUAAGAAAGCAUUCAGUACUUUAUUAAAAAUUUAGGGCAAUGGCACCAGAUAUUACUGAUUAACUAAAAUAACCAGAGAUAAACAUGAAGAAAAAUUACUUUUAUAUGCAAAAUUAAUCCGGCUGUGCAUUAACAAGGAACUUUUCUUGCCAGAUUCCACGAAUCUCGAUUUUAUUGUCAAAGCAACUUUUCGUCAUGAAUUUGUCUCUAUCGACCAUCACAAAUGUUUUUCAAGCAGCGUAGUGGGAUAAUUAAAAAACUUCUGGUUGCCUUUGGAUACCGUCUUUGAUCUGUGUUCUUAAGAAUAAUAAAUUUUCAAUAAUGUUGGUAAAAUUUAUUUUAUUUUGAUCUUAAAAAGUAAUGUAUAUUUUAAGGUUAGGUUUUUACAGGAUUUUAUAGGCUCUUUUUUGUUUGAAAGAUGUUUAGAGAAUUGUUAAUUUGACCAAUGUAAAUAAAUAACUUGAUAGCUAUGCUUUAAGUGAGGCUGGCUGGCCAUUUUUUGUUCCAUGGCAUUUGAGCAGAUUUUCCGAUUAACAACUUCCUUUCAAAAUAAAGUUUGUCCCACCCCCAAUCCCAUCCGUCUUCUAAUCUCAAACACGAUGUUCAAUCUUUACAGUGAGUCGUCUUCCCCCAGAAGUUGUAAAAUUUUUAUUCUCCCGAGUUUUUAUAUUGCAUUAUUUAUAUCAGUUAAUGAUUUUAAUUUUCAUUAAGAAAAUAUUCACAAAAGAGUUCUAUUUUUGUAUUGCAUUAAUUUAUUUGUUCAUAUGUUCUGUCUAAAGAUUCAUUUACUUCGGACGCAAUUUGUAAUUAAAUUAUUAUGAUGUAUAGAAAUUUUAGGCGUUUCAAUCA